UCUCCUUUCCCUGCUCUGGCCUCACAGGGGGGUUGGCAGUGAGCCGCGGGCCGCACUGGCCUCAGCCAGAUUUCCUGGCCAAACUCGGGAGGAGAGAUGCCCUGGACCGUCCUGCUCUUUGCAGCCGGCUCCCUGGCCAUCCCAGCCCCGUCCAUCCUGCUGGUGCCCCCACACCCCAGCAGCCAGGAGGACCCCAUCCACAUUGCCUGCGUCGCCCCCGCGGGCUUCCUGGGGGCCAAUUUCACGCUGUACCGCGGCGGGCAGGUGGUGCAGCUGCUGCAGGCCCCCGCGGACCAGCUGGGGGUCACCUUCAACCUGAGCGGCGGCCGCAUGGAGGCGCCCGGGGGCACGUUCCGAUGCCAGUUCGGGGUGCUGGGCGAGCACACGCAGCCGCAGCUGUCGGACCUCAGUGAGCCCGUGAGGGUCUCCUUCCCAGUGCCCACCUGGAUCCUGGCACUCUCCCUGAGCCUGGCCGGGACGCUCUUUCUCCUUACUGGGCUGGUGACCAUUGUCCUGUUGGUCAGGAGAGUUAAAGUAAAAAAAUUGCAGAAGAAAAGACAGCGCGAAGCCUGCUGGGCCCAGAUCAACUUGGCCACCACAGAUAUGACCUUUGACAACUCCCUGUUUGCCAUCUCUAUGAUGAAGAAAAUGAACCCAGAAGAAGAUCCAACGACCCUGGACGCUUGCUCAGGCUCUGGCGAGAUAUCUGUCAACUCCGGGCCCCGGAAAAGGCCCACUUCCACGUCCUCCUCGCCCGAGCCCCCCGAAUUCAGCACCUUCCGGGCAUGCCAGUGAGGCUGAGGAUCGGGGCCCCCUGUCUGUGCACUUUCCACUCAGCCCCCCUCUCUUGAGGGCCUGAGGGCCCUGUAGCUACUUUGGACUUUCUGGCCGCUGCUUCUCAGGAAUUAAACAGAAGAGACUAAGGGAAUCCUUGGCCUUGAGACCUUCCUCCACCGUGGAGCUGGAGUCGCAGAGGGGUCGCCCACGUUGUCCUGGAUGCUGGAUGGAAAGUGGGGAGACUCCUUGGAUUCCACCCAGGAGGGAGAUAUUAGGGUCCCUGUGGCCCCCAGCUGGACCAUAAGAGGUCUGAAUCCUCCACCCACCUGUCUGGUUUUCUCCUCCUGCCGAAUCUGACUUGACCAGCCCAGCCCGACUGGGUUUUUGGAGCACAGGGUACCUGGGGGUAUGUUCUGUACGUCUGUCUUACUGGCAUGCCUAAGUUAUUAAUUAUAACGUGUUGAGCUGUU